AUGUCAACUAGUAUAUUACCUAGCUCACACACAUCAUCAAAUAAUAUAUCAUCACAACAUCCAUUUGAAAUCAUAUAUGAUUCAAAUAUUUCACAUAUUAGAUCACCAUCAACACAAUGGCAUAAUCAGUUAAAUUAUAAUGAAAUAGAGAAAAACAUACAUGAAAAAACAACACCAAAACAAAAUUAUACUACUGGAUUUGCACAACCUCCGAUGUUAACUAAACUAGAUUCAUUUUCAAUUUCACGUAAUUCAACUAUGCGAAAUCGAAAAAAACUAAAGAAGAAAAGAACAGUUAAACGACAAAGAUCACUCAAGUUUAAAAGUGUGAGUAAUUUUAAAGAUCGGUUUGAGUUUCUUCAGUUUUUAAAAUUGGCUAAUUAUGAAAAGUUAGUUAAUGGGUUAUUACCUUCACGAAUGAAAGUUUUCAAAUAUACUAAAUUAUUGAAUCCAAUACCUAAGUUGACUUAUGAGGUUGUUAAAUUUGGAAGUAUUAAGAAGAAAGGACAUAGGUAUAAUACUUCACAAAUUGAUUUCAUGGAAAUUAUAUAUCAAAAAUAUAAAGAAACGAUAUUUAACCAAUCAUAUAAAAUACCACCAAAUUUUGAACAUUUGUUUCCAAAAGAUAGUAAACUAUUAAACAAGAGAGAAUUGAAUCAACUAAAUACCAAGUUAUUAUUUGAAGUUCUUUUGAGACGAACAUUGGCUGCAAAAAUGGAAUAUAGAUUGAAACAAAAUAAUCAUACAUUUUCAAAUAGUUCAUCAUCGUCUUCAAACAGCAGUUCUACUAAUUCUAAUAAUUCAAAUGAAGAUUUAUCUAAUGAUAAUAUAUUUCAAGAUUUAAUUAUACCAUCACCAAAAAGAACAAGAACAAAUUCAGAUUCAAAUUUAGAAAAUCGUUUUAUUAAUGACUUCAACAAAAUCUACAACGAACGCUACAAUAAGAAACAACAACAACAAGAGAAUGUAGAUUUUUACUUAUUACAACCUCAUAAUCGAUCACAAAAUACAAUUACUUCCACAGAUGAAGAAAUUACAAUAAAAAGAAAAUCACAAAGCACUUCAAAUACUUCAAUUUUUGCUGAUUUAGAUUGUGUAAGUGAUGAAUUAAAUUUAUUUAUAACUCAUCUGGAUAAAAAAUUUAAAUCUAAAAAUAUCAUUCCAAAGGAAAUUAUAAAUCCAACUGAUUUGAUUGAUAAUUUCAACAACAAUAACAAUAAAAGAACUAUAAAAUUCAAUGUCAAUAGUUUCAAUGAUGAGAAAGAAAUUAAAGUGUUUGAUCAGGGGUCAAUGAAGUCUAACAAGGCUUCAAUUAUUGAAACUGAUUCAACUCGAAAUAGUUUAAAUUCUGUAUCUAGAUUCAAAUCAUAUAAACGUAGAUCAAUGAUGAUUUAA